GCCUUCUUCCGAAAGCGCUGUUUCGUUAAAACCAAUUAAAAAUGACAUCUUGAUGACGGCCAUUCCAUGGCUACAUACUAUCCGUCUCUUGGACCCAGUCUGACUUUCCUUUGAUCCAGCUGCACUCCAUUAAUCUGUAUUUCUCCGUCGCUUGCAAGCAACAAAAGGUCACCUUUCUUACAUAUAUACUACUUCCUUGCUCCGAUUGAACCCCACGUAGCGUCACCUCCUCUCCUGUUCUCACUUCAGAAAGAGAUGAAUCCUCGGAGAUUUCUUUUCCAUUCUUUUUACUCCGCGUAAUCUUCAAAAAGUUCUGAUCUUUGGUAAAAAGAGAAAGAACAAGUCGCAAAGAACACAGCUUUGGCGUCGGAAACGAUGUUUUUGGGGAAGAAGAACAGGGGGCCGCCGCCUCCGCCGCCGCCAAGGAUGACGUUCGGCGAUGUGGAGAACGACAUGAGCAGCGUGGACUUCCGUAACUACCGGGUUCAGUUUCCCAUGACGCCGGACAACGGACCUCUAUCAGUCUCAAUGGAACCAAUCAACCCGUUGGUCUCCUCCAAGAUCGAGGAGCACUACGUCUCCAGCUCGCUCUUUACCGGAGGCUUCAACAGUGUCACGCGCGCCCAUCUCAUGGACAAGAUGACGGAUUCGGAUCCUGCGGCUGUAGACGCCGCAACAAAAUCCCUGAUUUGCGCCGUCGAAGGCUGCGACGGCAAGGUGAUGCGCGAUGAGCGGAAUGCGGCGCUUCUUCCCUGCGAGUGCGAGUACAAAAUUUGCCGCGAGUGUUUCGACGACGCGGUAAGAAACGGGAGGAGUGUGUGUCCCGGAUGCAAGGAGCCAUACAAGGCGACGGAUUUGGAUGAGGUAGCCAGGAUUGCGAGGGAAAAGAAGGGGAUUGCCGUGCGCCGGUUGCCGGCGCCUCCGCCGAAGGAAGAGGUGAUAAUGGAUAGGAGGUUGUCGGUGGUGAGAUCGAUGAAAGGUGGCGACUUUGAUCAUAAUCGGUGGUUGUUUGAGACGAAGGGGACUUACGGGUAUGGGAAUGCGAUUUGGCCGGAGGAAGCAGUUGAAAGCGACGGAAGCGGCGACGGCGAAGGUGGUGCAGAUGGGAGCGUGGCGGAGAAGGCGCCGGCCAAGGAGCUCAUAAGUAAGGCAUGGCGGCCGCUGACUAGAAAGCUAAGAAUUCCGGCUGCAGUUCUUAGUCCUUACCGGCUGCUGAUCAUAAUUCGCAUGGGGGUCCUCGGCUUGUUUCUGGCAUGGCGCAUCACUCACAAGAACCACGACGCCAUCUGGCUAUGGGGCAUGUCCGUCGUCUGCGAGAUUUGGUUCGCCUUCUCAUGGCUCCUCGACCAGCUCCCCAAACUCUCCCCCGUCAACCGCAUCACCGACCUCAAAGUCCUCAAAGACAAAUUCGAAUCCCCCUCCCCCCAAAACCCCACCGGCAAAUCCGACCUCCCUGGCGUCGACGUCUUCGUCUCCACAGCCGACCCCGAGAAAGAACCUCCUCUCGUCACCGCCAACACAAUCCUCUCCAUCCUCGCCGCCGACUACCCCAUCGAGAAGCUCUCGUGCUACAUCUCCGACGAUGGCGGCGCCCUCCUCACCUUCGAAGCCAUGGCCGAGGCCGCAUCGUUCGCCUCCGUUUGGGUGCCGUUCUGCCGCAAGCACGCCAUCGAGCCGCGCAACCCGGAGAGCUACUUCGGGCUGAAGCGCGAUCCGUACAAGAAUAAGGUGCGGACGGAUUUCGUCCGGGAUCGGCGGCGGGUUAAGAGAGAGUACGACGAGUUUAAGAUUCGGAUCAAUGCUCUUCCGGAAGCCAUACGGCGGCGUUCUGAUGCCUUUCAUGCGCGGGGGGGGGUGAAGGCNNGGGGGAGGGAAGCCCCGGCGGCGGCGUUUGCCGGCGACGAUGAGACGCUGCUGGAGCCUAUUAAGAUAGCGAAGGCGACGUGGAUGGCGGAUGGUACUCACUGGCCUGGUACGUGGAUUCACCCUGCCGCCGAUCACUCCCGCGGCGACCACGCCGGCAUUAUUCAGGUCAUGCUGAAACCUCCGGCGGAAGAACCCGUCUUCGGCACCAGUGCCGACGACAUCAUCAGUAACCACGACGAAGAUGGCGGGGGCCCCCCUCCCGCCGCCAUCCUGGACAUGAGCGAGGUAGACAUCCGUCUCCCAAUGCUCGUCUACAUGUCCCGCGAAAAGCGACCGGGAUACGACCACAACAAAAAAGCCGGCGCCAUGAACGCCCUUGUGCGCGCCUCCGCCGUCCUAUCCAACGGGCCCUUCAUGCUGAACCUAGACUGCGAUCACUACAUCUAUAACUCACAAGCUCUCCGGGAAGGCAUGUGUUUCAUGAUGGACCGCGGCGGCGACCGCAUCUGCUACGUCCAGUUUCCCCAACGCUUCGAAGGCAUCGAUCCCUCCGACCGCUACGCCAACCACAAUACGGUCUUCUUCGACGUCAACAUGCGCGCGCUCGACGGCCUGCAGGGCCCUGUCUACGUCGGCACCGGCUGCCUCUUCCGUCGCAUCGCCCUCUACGGAUUUGACCCCCCGAGAGCAAAGCCAAUGUCAGCCAGACGAUGCUGUGGCUGCUGCUUCCCCCGGCGGCGGGGAGCCAGCCACCGCGAUCACGACGUGGAGACGCACGCGCUGCGGAUGGACGACGAUGAUGGAAUGAACCUAUAUUCGUUUCCGAGGAGGUUCGGGAACUCGAGCUUUCUGAUCGACUCGAUCGCGGUGGCGGAGUUCAAAGGGCGGCCGUUGGCCGAUCAUCAGUCGGUGAAGAAUGGGAGGCCGCCGGGGGCGUUGAUAACGCCGCGGGAACCCUUGGAUGCGUCGACGGUGGCAGAGGCGGUGAGCUUGGUGUCGUGUUGGUAUGAGGAUAAGACGGAGUGGGGGAGCAGGGUGGGGUGGAUUUACGGAUCGGUGACGGAGGAUGUGGUGACGGGAUACAGGAUGCAUAACAGAGGGUGGCGAUCCAUUUACUGUGUUACCAAGCGGGACGCAUUCCGGGGGACGGCGCCCAUUAAUCUGACCGAUCGCCUGCACCAGGUGCUGCGUUGGGCGACAGGAUCCGUAGAAAUCUUCUUCUCCCGCAACAACGCCCUGUUCGCCGGCGCCAAAUUGAAAUUUCUGCAGCGCAUUGCCUACCUCAACGUCGGCAUCUAUCCCUUCACCUCCAUCUUCCUCAUCGUCUACUGCUUCCUCCCCGCCCUCUCCCUCUUCUCCGGCCAAUUCAUCGUCCAGACCCUCAACGUCACCUUCCUCGCCUACCUCCUCACCAUCACCAUCACCCUCGCUCUCCUCGCCGUCCUAGAGGUAAAAUGGUCCGGUAUUCAGCUCGAGGAGUGGUGGCGCAACGAGCAGUUCUGGCUCAUCGGCGGCACCUCUGCUCAUCUCGCCGCCGUCAUCCAAGGCCUCCUUAAAGUGAUCGCCGGCAUCGAGAUCUCCUUCACUCUCACCUCUAAAUCCGCCGGCGACGAUGAGGAUGACGAAUUCGCUGACCUCUACAUUGUCAAAUGGACCUCCCUCAUGAUCCCGCCCCUUACCAUCAUCUUCGUUAACCUCAUCGCCAUUGCUGUGGGCAUAAGCAGGACAAUUUACGCUACCAUUCCGCAGUGGAGCAGGCUGCUUGGCGGCGUUUUCUUUAGCUUCUGGGUGCUUGCUCAUAUGUAUCCGUUCGUGAAAGGAUUGACGGGUAGAAGGGGAAGGACGCCCACCAUUAUUUAUGUGUGGUCUGGGCUUAUAGCCAUCACCAUUUCGUUGCUGUGGAUCGCCAUUGAUCCUCCUUCCGCAAAUUCACAGAUUGGUGGCUCCUUCUCAUUUCCCUAGCCAAUCCGUGCAUGAUCUCCCUGCUACUCCCCCGCCCAUCGUGCAUUUUUUACAGGUAUAAUUGUUUAUAAAAUGAAUUGCGCGCUAGCUGUUUGUUCUAUUGCCUCUGACGAAGAAGUGGUCGUGUGCUUCAAACAUUUUAUUUGUUCGGAGAGCGAUGAAAGGGAACAGUUGCAAGCAUUG